CCACACACCCACACACACACACGCCUUCUCAAAUACAUAACCACGAAUACACGCGCUCGCGCGCACAUACGCACGCACGCGCACGCUCUGUGACACAUCCCUCCAGUUCCCAACUGCGCUGCCUUCACAUGCGUCCCCGCCGACUCUCUCUGCGUAGCGCCGGCUGCGCCAAGAUGAGCGUGGUCUCCUCGGUACCAUCCGAACGGUACCAGCACGUCGCCUGACCGAGCCGGAGCCACACCGAGGCGCAGAGGGAGAGGGAGGAACACCGUCUCUCCUCUGUUAAAAAAAAAUUUUAAAAAAAGAGAAAAAAAAGGAGAAAAAGGAGAAAACCUAAAGGACACCGCGAGGCGCAACGCGUUUGUUGUUUCGGCAUCCUUCCUCACCCUCUCCUCCUCUUCCUCCGCUCCUCUCCUCCCCGCAGCCUCUGUUGUUACCGGUCAGUCGGUGUGAAGGUGAAGGAGAAACCCGGGGAUCCCGGCCCCGCGUUUUGGUGGAAUAACAUCUGUUUGUUUUUUUUUGUUUGUUUGUUCUUUUUUGACGGGGGGGGGGGAGAAGGAUAGUUUUUGUCCCCCCCUUUUUUUUCUUUUUUUUUUUUUUCUCCCGCUGGGUGUUGGGAGCGAGCGCGCAGCUGCUGUGCGCCCGUUCAGAUUCCCCCCCGAAUGGUGGAUUUGGCAAACAUGGAGACAGUGGAGAAGGAAUGCGGGGCCCUCGGGGGUCUAUUCCAGGCGAUAGUGAACGACAUGAAGUGCUCCUAUCCUGUGUGGGAGGACUUCAGUGCCAAGGCCACCAAGCUGCAUUCCCAGCUCCGAACCACUGUUCUGGCUGCUGUGUCCUUCCUGGAUGCCUUUCAGAAAGUGGCAGACAUGGCUACCAACACUAGAGGGGCGACCAGAGACAUCGGUUCAGCUCUUACCAGGAUGUGCAUGAGACAUCGCAGCAUCGAAGCCAAACUUCGCCAGUUCACGAAUGCUCUGAUGGAGAGUCUGAUCACUCCUCUCCAGGAUAAGAUUGAAGACUGGAAGAAGACCGCCAACCAGCUGGAUAAGGACCAUGCCAAAGAGUACAAGAGGUCACGCCACGAGAUCAAGAAGAAGUCAUCGGACACCAUCAAGUUGCAGAAGAAGGCUCGUAAAGAGAUGCAGGGGCGAGGCGACCUGCAGCCGCAGCUGGACAGCGCCAUGCAGGAUGUGACCGACAUGUGUCUACUGAUGGAGGAGACGGAGAAGCAGGCGGUGCGCCGCGCCCUGGUGGAGGAGAGGGGACGCUUCUGCACCUUCAUCGGCUUCCUUCAGCCUGUGGUGAACGGAGAGAUCGCCAUGCUGGGAGAGAUCACCCACCUCCAGGCCAUCAUCGACGACCUCACCGUGCUGACCACCGACCCCCACAAACUGCCCCCUGCCAGCGAACAGGUGAUCAAGGAUCUGAAGGGCUCCGAUUACAGCUGGUCCUACCAGACCCCCCCGUCGUCCCCGAGCAGCUCUGGCUCACGCAAGAGCAGCAUGUGCAGCAGCGUCAACAGAGCCCACAGCAGUGCCUCCCGUUCGUCGGGGGGAGGUGCAGGUGUGGGUAGUGGUGGAGGAGGGUCCCAGCCACACUCACCUUCCUCCUCCUCCUCCUAUCGCUACCGCAGCAGCAUGCCUCAACAGCCUCCACCACCAGGGGGCAUUGCAGCCCACCGCCUCAGCAGUGUUUCCUCCCAUGAUUCGGGCUUCGUGUCCCAAGAUGCAAACAUCUAUUCCAAGCCUCCCUCGCCAAUGCCCUCGGACAUCACCAGUCAGAAAUCCUCCAGCUCUGCAUCAUCAGAGGCUUCAGAAACAUGCCAGUCAGUCAGUGAAUGCAGCUCCCCCACCACUUUUGGCUCGUCCUUCGUUACCUUCCGCCCCGCUCUCUCUCACUCUGGCUCCACCAGGCCUCUCUCUGUCAUUCUUCCCGUUCCUGCGUCCCCACCCUAUAUCCGCCCCUCUGGAUCCAGCUCCUCCUCUCCCACAUCAAAGGUUCCCAUGUGGAAGGACUGGUCCAAAGCAGGUCAGUACGAGCAGCCCGCGGCCGCCGCUCCGGUCCAGAGGAGAAAGGAGCCAGUGGAUAGGCUGAGAGAGAGCGAGGGCUCGCCGGGUUCCCAGGGAUACGCGGCAGCGUCACACCCAGAAGAGGGCCAGAGACCCCGGAUGACACCUGCUAGCAUCGCUGCCAAGCACGGCGAGGAGGUUUCCCCGGCAGCCAGUGACCUGGCCAUGGUGCUGACCCGGGGCCUGAGCGUGGAGCAGCAGAAGAGCAGCCGCGACUCCCUGCAGUACUCCAGCGGCUACAGCACGGAGACCACAACCCCGUCCUGCUCCGAGGACACCAUCCCUUCACAAGGUUCAGAUUACGACUGCUACUCUGUAAACGGAGACACCGAAGGCCCGGAUGGACAGGCAGAGUUUGACAAGUCUUCUACAAUUCCUCGCCAUUCCAACAUUGCCCAGAACUACAGGCGCAUGAUCCAGACCAAAAGGCCAGCCAGUACAGCUGGUCUGCCCAGUGGGGUCCUUGGUCCAGGAGUUCAUGGGAUACCAGGACAGCCAGGUGGCGCUGGUGGAGGAGCAGGAUCAGGGACUCCUGGCACCGCUACUAUCCGUCGAACCCCAUCAACCAAACCAGGGGUGCGGCGUACACUGUCCAGUGCAGGGCCCAUCCCUAUCCGACCACCCAUUGUGCCUGUCAAAACACCCACUGUUCCCGCAGACUCACAUUCACCUGGUGCAAGUGGCUACGCGGGGGGAGGGCAAGCAGGCAGCGUCCCCGUCAGAGUGGGAAGUGAAGAGUGUGUGUUCUUCACCGGGGCCGAGGAUGGCCAAGGAGGGCUCGAUUAUGUGAAGGCAUCACCCAAGCGCCUCAGCCUGCCCAACACCGCCUGGGGCUCCGGGGCAGCGCUGGAGGUCUAUGCCCAGCAGCACUGCAUGGCGUUGGGCUCAGCAGCCGGAUCGGAGGAGGAGCAGAUGAUCGCGGCCAACCGACACAGCUUGGUGGAGAAGAUCGGCGAGUUGGUAGCGAGCGCGCACGCCCUUGGUGAGGGUCAGUUCCCUUUCCCCGCUCUCCCAGAUGACCCAACCCCAACGCCAGGUGGCCCGAGCGAAACUCAGACGGAAGGGGCCGAGGGGUCCGGCGACAUGCUGACCACGAUCAGGAGAGGAGUUCGCCUUCGCAAAACGGUCUCCAACGACCGCUCAGCUCCCCGUAUAUUGUGAUCAGCGGAAAAAUGCGAAGGGUUGUCAGUCGAUAGGUCAGAUGUUGGUGUGGUAGUACCCAACCACCUAGUGAUUACAUGAAAACAUAACCAUGUUAUAACCAUAACAUAACAGAGGAUGAAUAAAAACGAAAAAGAAAAUCCAUACAGAAAAUGUUUAAAGACACCUUUAGAGUAAAUGAUAUACAGUCUAAUAUAACGAUAACAUAAGUAAUCAUAACCGAUGCUGACGAGUACAAGUGAAAUACUUCAUGUUGACCUAGCAGGCCGCUAUAACUAUUGUGUGUUGAACGCAUGUUUGUCUUCUAUACACCGUCAGACAGGGACGGAGAGACUCAUAGGAAAAGUGAUGUUGAAAAUAAAUGGAGGCAAAGAAAGAAGAGCGCUGGGUUCUGUUCUGUUUGCCACCGAACCCGUCUCCCUGUCCUGUUGUUCGACUAACCCAGCUGACCGAUCCGACUUGAAAGACUGACGGAAGGGGGCUGCUGAGGACCAGAGAGAGACAGAGAGGUGGGGGACUCAGAUCGCCUCGCGAUCAACUGAAGCCAGGUCGUCUAAGCAACGACGCGCUGUGCCAAAAAGGCCAUCGAACUGCUUGGCACGAGUACGGGGAGCUAACAAACCAGAGGGCCACUCUGGUUCACGCUGAUGUAAAAAAAAAAAAACGGUGUUGGCAUUGAGCCGUACUUGUUGCCCCUUCCCCUCUCUCUCUCUCUCUCUCUCUCUCUCUCUCUUUCUGCGUACAUUCGUAUGCAUCUCGGAAAAUGUAACAUGGAGCGCGUGGGUAUAUGUGGUUGAUUGUGUGUGUGAGAGAGGGGAUGGGUAGAGCUCUGCUGCGGGACAGCCGGUUACCCAACGAGGGCAGGGCUUUUUUCUUUAUUCUUUUCUUUUUCUGCUGUGUCGUGUGCGUAUUUUCUCGUUUAUAUCGUGACGUCGUUUACCUUGUUACCACUGUACGGGAAGUUCCGAGACCUAUUCCAGGCCUAUAGAUAUAUUCAUAUAUAUUUUCUAGAAGCAGAGAGAAAAAAAAACAAACAAAAAAAAACCACGUGAAAUCAGAAAUGGAGCAAUAAAUGUGUUUUAUUUUCUCGUUUCGAGGAAGCGGUUGGAUUCGGAGGAUUGCAGAUUCUCCUUUGUCCCAUUCAGGCAAUCAUCAGGAAUGCUAAAUUACACAUCGACUGUGAAUUCAUGGGGUUUUCAUGCACCUCUCUCUCUCUUUCUCUCUCUCUCUCUGUCCCAGUUUCUUUCUAUUAAAUGAAGUGGAUUACAAAAAAUUUGAAAACAGAAAAACUGUAAGCACUUUGACGAGAGUAGAGUCUGUACAAUAGCCAGUAGAUGUUGCUGUAGUCAUGCCGUAUGUGUGGAAGGGUGCUGCAGGGGGAAGAGGAGUGAAAGCAGCGACUGAGUCCAAGGAGAUGAUUUAAUACGUUAAAGUAGAAGAAGGCAGUGAGAGGUAAAGAGGAUGUGAAGAAGACCGCUAGCACUGGAGUGAUUGGUUAAAUGAGAAAAUGUAUGAAUAUUUUCUGAAGAUGGAUCAGGUUUUAAGGCGGGAUGGGAAUGACAUUGAAGAGUUUGCCUGAACGAGUAUUUUAAGGGUUGAAGACAUACUGGGGGGAAAAAAUACAAUGUUUUGCUGAGUGAGAUGAUUUUUUUUUUUUAAAUAUGUUUUAGGCCUAAAACAUCCAUAUGAAAUUUUUUUUUUUAAUCAGUUUAGUUUUUUUUUGUCUUUUACCUUAAAACUAGUUGUAAAUCUGACGACUUUUAAAAUAGAAAAAUACCUUCCGAAACUGUAAAGCACAUCGAGUGGAACAGUUAAAGCACCAUCUCAGGAAAGGCACGUCACUUUAUGUUUUUCAUUUGAGUGCAAGUAAAAAGAAAUGGCCAAAUGUGAUUGUAAUUGGGUGGAAAUAAAACCUGAAAGAAGUUAAACAAGAGAGACAUUCAAAAUUCAGUUGAUCUCAUAUUGACACCAUAGAGAAGCUGACCUGACCUCUAGAAUGCCCACAGUUUUCCAUGAGCUCGCAAACACAACACAAAAAUAUCAGCUCAUUUGUGAGAAACUGUAUAUAUAUUUUUUAAUAGUGGAUGAAACACUUUGAACCAGCGCUAUCUUAAAACAGAACCUGGGUCACUUACGUUCCUCGAUGCUAAACACUGCAGUGUAAUUACAAGUAACUGUUAAAAACGGCGUAGUUCUGUCUGAAGUAAGAAUGAGUCUCUGAUUAUUCACACCCUUGGCAGAUUCAGAUUUCACAUUAGUUCCACUCAACCAAAGAGUUUGUUUCUGAUAGAAAGUUAGACAGAAAUUUCUCAAAAGAUGACAGUUUUGAAUAAUUAAAUAUAUUUUAAUUUUAUAUAUAUAUAUAAAAAAGUGGUAUGAUUGCCAUGUAGAAAGAUAUUCGACGUGGACACUGUUAUAAACACCAAGGCAUCAAAUGUUUAUGGUUUUAUUCUCUCUUCUCAACAUGUUAGCUCUGCUGUCAUCUGUUAGUAGGUACUUUGGGACAGGUACUGUACAUCACCAAUUACUGUAGAUGUAAAAGCAAUCUUUUAAAAUUAACUUUUGUUCUCACUGGAAGUAAUAUUAACAUUUUAUUAUGGCCCUGCCAGAGUCGCAACUUGAAUCUGAUAGAUCUUCUGUGGAGGGAGCAAAAGAUUAGGGUGAUGGUAAAGAGGCCUUCCAAUAUCAAACACUUGAAUCUCAUUUCCAAAGAUAAAUUUUUAAUGUACAAUUGGAAGCGUGAAAAAAGCUGCUCAGAAGUCUUUGAAUGGUCGGACUGCUGUAUUUUUAAUAUCUUUUUUUCCCCCCACUGGCAAUAAGGGUAUGAAUAAUUUUUACUAUGCCAUUUUUCAAUAAAACAAAUAAAAAGAGAUUAGUUAUUCAAAAAUGGUACUUCUUUCACAUUGUUUUAUCUUUUCAGACUCCUGUAAACAAUGGUAGGCACACUUACGCUAAUGCGCUAAUAACAGAGCAAUUUUUUUUAGUUUGUUUAGCACUACAGCUAACUUUAAAAACAUUUAUUGCGUUUAGUUCCCCCAAGUAGUUUUUUAGAGUUGUAGUCUGUCAAAGGCCGAUGUCAUUUGAAUUGAAGUUAGCACGUUAGCAUUAGCCUCUGCUACCGUGUUGGUGUAGUGCUGUAGUGGUAGCGAAACUGCAGUUUAUGAUUAGCGUGUAGGGUUAGCGCUCCUAGCUUUUUUACUAGCCAUGCUCACAACUGUCUUACAUUUCCUAUAAGAAGAAAACUUUUGAUUAAAUAAAAAAAAGAGCUCUAAAUUAAACAGGGGUGUGAAUACUUUUGGGGUCAACUGUAAUGAAUGAGCCUUUUGUCAAAGUUAAAGAAUUGAAAAAAAAUUAUUUACUUUGCUAUUUUUUAUAAUUAAGAGCGCAAGAAAGUUGGCCAAAAUAUGUUCCAGAUGAGAUAUGAGAAAGCGUUGGCAUUGAGGUCCUCUCAUAGAAAUUCUCAGUGCUCAAUGGAAAAGAACAAACGUAAAGAAAGAAAACAAGCAAAGAAACAAGGCGCCCAGCACAGUUCAGCUUAGUUUUGUGCCAAUCCUUAGGUUAAGCUCAGGACAAAACAUUAUGUUAUUAUGUAAGGUUGAUCUUUUAGAUUUGAGAAUAGGUGGAGCCUGUUUGGGAGGAUACGGUCGAGUCUUUUAAAGUUGACAGGAAGAGGGAACGAUGUGUGGAAUGAGCAUUUCACUGCCUGUUCAUACGAUACGUAUGUAACUGUAUGUGCUGUACUUCUAAAAGACAAUCCGGUGCACAGAUCUGGUGUAAAGGGAUGUUAGAAAAUAUCUCAUUUGUUUACUUUAAAAAAAAAAAGAUUUGCUUUUGCCUUCUACUGUUACUGUUGGAAUACUAGACCUUGCUUUGAUUAUUGUAAAAAUAGGAGGCGAAAAGUCCAGUUGUGACACAAACUAACUGAGCUGUGUGACAUAUGGAUGUAAGGCGCCGAGACUGAGUGUGUGUUUGGAUGUGUCCUUGGCUGACCGUCCAUCUCUAGGCUAAUAAACUUUUCAUCACCAUGUCUGUACAUGUCUCCAGCAGUGAUCUGAACAUAAGCAUUAAUAUGAGCACUCAUUUAUUUUUUUAUCCUACGCAUUCAUUAGGUUCCUUUGCAUUUUGGAAAUUAACAGCAAAUAAUGCUUCCAGGAGGGUUUUUCUCCCUAUUGCUUUCAUUUUAAUGUCUUUGUCACAGUAUGGGUGUUUUUAUCCCACUUUGCUGCUCAACUAAAUGAGAGAAUGAAGGCAAGAGCAGAUUGAUUCCGUUUACACAAAAUAUGUCAUUUUAGGCAAAAAUAUGUUGGUUUUUUUCUGUCUUUAGAUGAUCUGUCGCUACACAUCUAGAUGCGUAUGAUGGAUGUACUGCAGAGAUAAAGGCCACAUCAGUCCCAGAGCUUCAGAGUUAAACUUCAAUAAGUGCCCAGUGGAAAUCAGAGGCCAGCAAUUUAAGCUCCGUCUACCUGAGUUUCCAUUUACUAUGUUGUUUCACUGUGGGUUUGAUCCAUUAAAACACCUCACCAUAAUUAUCAUUACCCUCUUAAAGUUCUUCCACAGAGUAUAGUUUGGAUUUGAACAUUUCUUAAAGCUCCUGCAAUAUCUACUAAAUGUUUCCACCUGUUGUUCUUUGAGGGGUUAUUUUUAAAAACCAUUUGGGGGGAAAAUAAUCCACAUAAAAAAAUAAUGUGUUACAUCAUUUGUUAGCUUUUUAUGAACUUACAAAUAACUCAUUCGCAAAACUGUUUUGAUUUUGUUAUUUUUCACAAGGACCUGGUUUAACAAGAGGAGCACUCACUUUCCCCCUGAAAUACUAAAUGAGGCGAGGUGAUCUAAUUUUACAGCUAAUUGACAAUUUAGUGCUCUAAAUAAUCUGAAAAAUAAAAUUUAAAGUAGAGCUGAGUGCACACAGCCUGGAUUCAUUAGGCUGUGUGCCAUGUUUAACUAACGGGCUACACAGCCCUUUAGUUUAGCCCAGACAAGAUGCAGGCGUUGUUAGUUGCUAAUGGUUACCCAGUGUUGGUAUUCUUGCAGCGCUAGCAAAACAUUUGUAUAUUGUCCGUGAAGGAGGAAUAAACAACUUCAAUUCCAAUUAAAAGUACUAACAUGUUUCAGAAGAAACUGAUGCCACUUCAUAGUCGAUUUAGCUCUCAGAAUAAUAGUUUCAGAAAACAUAAAAACACAAUGAACAUUCAGUAGACUAGUGGGAUGGAGCAAGCUAGCCUAACUUCACGCAGCUGCGCCACAUCUGGCACAACAGGGAGGUUCCAGCUCGGGACGCUUCCAUUAUUAGGUUGGAAAUGUUUAAUUAUUAUUUUCCUGAUCCAAUGAGUGUAAAAAAAAUUGAGCAGGGGAUUUACCAACUACUGGCUGAAGAUUUCGUGACCUGUUAAAGCUUGUUUGGGGCUUUUGUCUUUCCCUUGUGGCUAAUUUAUGCCUCUUUUUUUUCCUCUCCCCAUCAGAUUUUGCUCGCAGGCCGACUUAAUCUGUCACUUUCUCUCUAGUGUUUCUUUUUCUUUGAAUUAUCCAAAAUGCUGUCAGGAGUUAUUUAAAAGUAGUGCAGUGGGCUGCACCCCCCCCCCCCCCCCCCCCCACACACACACACACUUUGUCAAACACAAUAUAGCUCAAGAACUACUUCCUCUAUUGCUUCAAAUUAAAAGUGUCAAACAAAAUAGAACGUUCAUUUUACAUA